AUUGUUCCCCUCUCCCUUCCCCUUAAACGCCACCAGCCCGCUACUGAGACCACCUCGGCUUCUUUCACUCGCUUUCGACUUCAAACACAGGAAACCAUGAAGUCCCACCUCAAGUCCGCUGCAACUCUCCUCCCCUUCUUCUUCCUUACCUCUUUCUAUCACCUCUCUCUCUCUGCCUCCGAUUCAUUCGUCUAUGGCGGUUGCUCUCAAAUAAAAUUCGACCCCACUUCUUCUUAUCAAUCCGAUCUCAACUCCAUCAUGGCCUCUGCUGCAAAUUCUGCUUCUUUCUCUGCAUACAAUAACUUCACCACCAACAAAUCAGUCUACGGCCUCUACCAAUGCCGGAACAACCUCCCCUUGUCCGAAUGCUCGAAUUGCAUUCAGACUUCCAUCAACCAACUUCGCGCCCUUUGCCCGAACUCAUGCGGAGGAACCAUUCAACUCCAGGAGUGCUUCCUGAAAUACGACAACAUAAGCUUUGUUGGGGUUCUCGAUACGAGCCUCAUAUACAAGAGGUGCAGCCCUGAAUUCAGUGCUGAUAGUGGGUUCUAUGAGAGAAGAGAAGAGGUUUUUCGUGAAAUUCAACAAGUCGGUUCGAACGGGUUCAGUGUGGGCUCGAGUGGCACCAUUCAGGGCAUGGCUCAGUGCUCCGGGGACCUCGAGCCCAGUGAUUGUAGCGCCUGCUUGAUUCAGGCGGUGGGUCGCUUGAGGAGCCUGUGCGCGUCUUCGGUCUCGGGGGACAUCUAUUUGGGGAAGUGUUAUGUGAGAUAUUCGUCAGAUGGGUUUUACUCCUCUCCCCAUGGCUCAUCCAAUGACGAUGGGGCAGGUAAGACUCUGGCCAUUAUAAUUGGAUUAUUGGCUGGGGUCGCCUUAAUCAUUGUCUUCCUUUCCUUCUUAAGACAGGUUUGCGGCAAAGGUGGGGGUAAAUAGAUAAAAUGGAACCCAUUCUCUUUGUGGUGAGGAGAAUAUGGUGAAAUCCCACUAUGGAUCUGUAAUUUACUCCACAAUGUGUACUCUAGAGAGCGGGGGACUACUCCUUUUCUUCUUCUUUGCCCUUUAUACCACCCCUUUUGCCUUUACCUUUCUUUUGGAAAUUAGUUCCUUUUAGAGAAAAGGUGGCCGAAAGGAGAGGUUCUAAGGGCAGCAAGUGGAGGCAGGCACCAACUGAAUGUAAAGUGGCUUUUGUAAAAAGAAGCACGACCAGCCCACUCUCACAAGCUUAUUGUGUCUCUCUUAUUAUUCUAAUUGAAAUUCAAUAACCUCCAAAUUCUUGUUCUCA